ACGAACGGCCUAAACGCGUAGAAAAAGCUGCGGUUUUAAAAAUAACAGCGUGUGGACAGGGCCUAAAUGAAGAUGGCAAACUGACCCCAGAUCCUCAGUGAAUGUCUACAGUCGUAACCCCACCCACUCAUGUUUCAGUCCAACAGCUGCCACCUGGCUGUUUCUACGGCAACUGACCAGACCACCUUCAGCAAGCACACCUAAGAGAAGGAGGGAGAGAGGGGAAGACAAGAUACCACAGACUCUGUUAGGAUGGGCUACGAUCUAGAACGUUUUGUAGGCUAUGUGAACGAGGGUUUGCUGUGCUGUGUGUGUCGGGACGUGUUAGAAGAUCCUUUGCAGGCUCCGUGUGAACAUGCCUUCUGCAGCUCCUGCAUUCAUGGAUGGCUCGUCCACCAUAACACCUGUCCAGAGGACCGCUUGCCUUUAGACAUCACACAUCUACGCCCACUGUUCAGAUACAUGAGAAAUUAUUUAGCAAAGCUGCAGGUGAGGUGUGUGUUCCGGCCACAAGGUUGUGAGGUCACAUGCGCUCUGGAGUCUGUUCAUCGGCAUGAGCUACAGUGUGAUUACGCUUUGCUGAACUGCAGUAAUGCAGGCUGCCCGGUUCAGGUGUCGCGGCGCUCUCUGGAAGCUCAUCUGUGUGUGUGUGAAUACAGUAGUAGAUACACAAUCCUAAACACAGAGGAGGCCCAACACAAAUGUGUAUCGGAUCUACGGGCCGAGCUGGACAUGCUCAGGGCAGAAUUAGACUGCAAAGUCGAAGAGGUGCGACAUGAAAUGGAAUCUCACUUGGAUUCCCAAAGACGACACAUGGUGCAGAAGGAGAGUCUGCUGAGGUGUGAAGUGGACGAACUGAAGGGCCAGCUGUCCAGAGUCAUGUCAGAUGUCCGUGUUCUGCUGGCUGCAGAGAGAGCGCGCAGACGAGCUGGAGAGGGCGGAGCUGGAGAAGGCAGAGCUUCUUGAACUUUAAAAAAAGGAGGGGCUCAGACCGGCCACGCCCUCUGGAGCAGCACCGCCCCCUGCUGAGGUGCAGAGAAAGCUGAGCCCAAGAAGCCUAGCUUUGGACUGCAUCAAAAGAAAGAAUAGAGAGGCGACAGUCAUCUGAGGACACUGCUUUUCACGGCAGAACAGUAAGGAAGAGGGAAUGUCACAUCAUAUGAUGCUAAUAGAAAACCACUGACUGGAACUCAUCAUCUGAAUGAAGCCCCAUUAUUGCAGUUCCUCGGGGUGAACCGAAUGAUUGAUAUGAGAUUGGCUAUGUUUGAUGAUUUAUCCAAAUUGCUUAGUAAAAAUACUUUUUUGACCAAUUUUGUAUGUUUUUA